GCUCGAUCGAUCAUCCUCAAGACCACCGGGGCUUCCUCAGUGAUUCUCGACGGCGCCCUUCUCUUCACUCAAUGCGGUCCUCCCGAACCUACUGCCCCCGCGACAGGUGAUAUACACUCGAUUGAAGCUAAAUGGAGACCUAUGGCGUCCGGAAAUAACUCAGGGUUCUCGGCGACGUCGGUCCAGCACCGUCACGGGGGUGAUGGCCGGUCCUUUUCCAGCCAGGAUGAUGGCUCCGGGGAUGGUAGCUGGCCUGGGGGCCCUCCCCGGUCCGUGAGAAAUGCUCGCUCGGAGUCUGGAGGCAGCGGGACAAUCGGGCCUCGGGGAGGCUCGUUGGCCCUUUCAUCGGGAUCAGGGGGACCGGGCAGCUUUAGUUCUGAACUCAGAAGCAUGAAGACUUCCCGCAGCACGACUCCGCGACCCGAUGACACAUUCAGACGAAGAGGGAGCAGUAAUGUCGAUUACAAAGACCUAUCUAGCACGGAAGACCGUCAGGCUGCGAUCCGGAAUAAGAUUGCGAAGGAAGUGAAGAUCAAGACGGGAACGGAAAACAUGCUCGAGGCUCUGCUGGCUAAGAACCCGAAACACACGAAAGACCAGCGAUCAAAAGUCGAGUCGGAGUUGAGCAUGUCAAAUCGCAAACUUGUCGACCUGCACGUUGAACUCGAAGAGGAGAUUUUACGCGCACAGGAACCCUCUACCCCCCCGCGGAGUCGUCUUUCCAGCCUGUUUCAGGGCAGCUCAAUACGAUCGCCUACUCGCACCAAUAUGGACGUGGAUGAUGACCAGGUGGAAUACGGAGAGGCGGAAAUGGAAUCCCCGACUUACGUCCUUGCGGAAACUCUACAGGCGCUGGAGAUCGAGGGUAUGUCGCCCGACUAUUACGUCGAACGGGCUAAUAGUCUGGUGGAACUGUUCAAACGACAUCCUACUUUGAAAUAUGACCUGGCAUGGCCGGAUUUCGGAUUGCGUGUCCAGAUAAUGCUUCUUAGUGACAACAAAGAGGUUGUAGCGGCUGGAUACCGGCUCACGCGCUAUGCGAUAGCGGAUCGAAAUUCCCUCCAGAUCAUUCGCUCCCUUCAUACCGACGAGCUGGUCAUACUUUCUCUGGUCAAGGAAAGUAAAGCAAGCAUCGAGCGGGAACAGGCUCUUAAAUUUGUCCGGGGCUUUUUGGACGUCAAGGACGGAGUGCAUGAGAUCUCGCGUGCCGUGGUGCGCACGAUUGUUGCUGUUGCUGAACAUCACGAGGAUCGACUGCGAAACAUUUCAAUCAUGACCCUCGCAGAGAUCCUAGUAAAAGAACCAGAGUUGGUCUCCCAUGCUGGGGGCUUUGCCAUCUUACAUGAUGCCCUAGCAGAGGGCACAUUCGGUGCAUCAGAGAGUCUGAUAGGAAGUUUCCUACACGUGCUCGACACCCCGCACAGCAGAAAACACCUGCGAGGAGGAUGUGAGCUUGAGGCCGUUCUUGCGCCCUUUACCGAUUCUUUAUCCGACACUGUCCGCAACGGGCGUCUAAAAUCCUCCGCGAAAGCCAUCUCUGCCAUGCUUAAAACUUGGCCUGGCUUGGUGGUCCUCGCAAGAAACGGUGCCAAACCACUCCAGUCGCUUUUGAACUCUUUACAUUAUCCAGAUCCCCAAGCAAGAGACCUGAUCAUGGAGCUUUUGUUCGAUGCCCUGCGGAUAAAGCCGCCAUCAUGGUCAUCAUCGUUCCUCGCUGGUCGAAGGCUUACGACUUAUGGGCGAGUCGCAAACCUGAGGUCCGAUUCCGACACGAAACUGACUCGCGGAUACUAUGACGACCGUGGCGAUCAAUUCGAUCUAACAGCGCAUUUUUCGACUUUGAUCCUUGCGACACUGGUGGAUGCCGGACUAUCCCAGGCGCUCUCUGAUCUUAUUGAGGAUGAAGAGGACCUUUCUCUUAGGCGCAAAGCAACCCUACUGUUGACCGAAGUUUUGAAGCUGGCUCACCACUCCCUGCCCCAGAACAUCAGUGCGAAGCUCCAAGUUCUUCCACAUCUAUUACCUGCCGCUAUCAAGUUUGACGUCGAGAACCAUGACAUCUCCACUUCCACCAUCUAUCAGAUAGAGAGCAUCAACCGGACGCUAGCUCGCUCCAUAGGAAACGUUCCGAACGGAGCAGGCCGAUACAACGUCGAUGUUGAUAUAUCUGCUUCGCUCUUAACGGGCGAUCAAGGCAAAGACAAACUGAGCCCUGCGAUGGAUGAAACGCAGUUUCGAAAUGCAAUCCUGGAAACAAAUGUCUUGAAUACGGUGAACUACAUCAAGUGGAAGUGGGAUUUGAUUCACCGGAUAGUCGAAGGUCCCCUGACGAACCCCAAGAGGCUAGACGAGGCCAUCAAGGGGUCAAAGUUCAUGAAGCGACUCAUGGGCUUCUAUCGCCCUUUUAAGUACAGGUUCGCCAGAAUCUCGAACACCAAACCAAAUCAGCGUUAUGUUCGGACGGGAUGUGCGUUGAUGCGCACCCUGGUCCAAGUCCCCGAGGGCAUAAGAUAUCUGGCCGAGAAUAAAUUUUUGAGACAAGUGGCGGAGUGUCUUGCCCAGGUGGACCGCAUGAGCGGGCUUACUUCAGCAUCGCCUUUGUUUUCACGAGAUGAGAUGCGCAAUAAAUUAAGCGGCGGCUACUUUGCCAUGCUGGGGACCUUGAGUGGAGAUGCGAACGGCCUCAUUAUGAUGGAGCGAUGGCACAUGCUCAACAUGUUUUAUCACAUCAUUGAGCUUCGAGAUCGGGAUGAUUUGAUACAAACGCUUCUGGGGAACAUGGAUUACACCAAAAACAGCCAUCUUCGGGUUAUUCUAUCUAAGGCUCUCACCACCGGCUCCAAGGAGAUUCGAAUAUUCGCCACAAAACUUCUUCGCAAGUACGCCGUUGGGAAUAUCUCGCUUACCCCACAGUUGGCUAUCAACAAUGCCGAUUGGGUGGUGAAGCUUCUCGUGACGCAGCUCUAUGACCCCGAUGUCUCUGUAUGCCAGAUGGCCGUGAAGAUUCUGGAAGAGGCAUGCAAUCACCGAGAUUAUCUUGAAUACGUUGUGAAGUGCCGACCAUCUCUUGAUCACCUGGGAGAAAUCGGUGCACCUCUCCUUCUGCGGUUUUUGUCAACUUCGGUAGGUUACCACUACUUGGAUGGCCUGGAUUACAUUACGCAGGAAAUGGACGACUGGUUCCUGGGACGCAACGAUACCUAUGUGGGGCUUGUCGAAGCCGCUCUAACCAGAGCCUACGUCGAUCAACCGCGCAGAGGUAGCCUUGUGCCCGACGAUCUGGUGGAUCUGCAGGACUUCGGACUGGUUCCACCUCAUUUCUAUAGAGAACUGGCCCGGACUGCGGAGGGCUGCAAGCUCCUUGAGCAGUCAGGCCAUUUCAAUGAGUUCGCUUGGACAAUCCGUGAUUUCCAACUCAACGACGAAGACACCGAAGUCCUCCUCAAAGUCAAGGGGUGCUUGUGGGCCGUCGGCAACGUCGGCUCUAUGGAACUGGGGGCACCAUUUCUCGAGUCAGAUAUUGUUGAAAAGAUCGUGAAGAUUGCCGAAAGCGCGGAGGUUUUGACCAUGAGAGGAACCGCCUUCUUUGUGUUGGGGUUGAUCUCACGUAGUCGUCAUGGUCUUAGGGCACUGUGGGAUUUUGGCUGGGAUUCUGCUGUUGACCAGAAAGGGAACUCCUUGGGAUUGAGUCUUCCGACUGAUUUCAAUAAGCUCUUCCUGGUUGAAUUUCCUUCUCAUUCUCGGAACCCCGAAUCGAAACGCACGUCUCAAGAGAAUUUUAAGGAGGCUACUCUGGAUUCCGAUCCGGCCAACCAAAAGAUCCUGAAGCUCAUUGUUGACAUGGGAAAUACCGUCCUCUCCAAGCGAGCGGCAGCAGAUCUUCACAGUCUCAAAUCGAAGCAACCUGAACGAUUCCACCAGCCACAUCUUUUCCGCAAAACCCUCAGUAUCCUCGAAAGCCAUCACUACCGACUCCCCGCCCGUCGCUUUGCCCUUGAUCUGUUCGACAAGAGUGUCAUGCGACGGAUUGUAUUAGAAGACGAGUCUGAUUCCGACUCCGAGGCAACUUCAUCUCAAGGAUCGAACUGAUUGCCUUGUCAUCCUCGAUUAUUUGCAAUUUGUGUCUUUUCUCCUUUCUUAUUUCUUUGAGCCUUAUACCCUGUAACCCUGUGAAACGACUUACGGUUUUUGUUUGGAGGGUUUCUGGACGACUUUCACGACGUAUUUUUUUUUCGUCAUUUCACCUAGCUUUUCUCUCUCUCUACCUCUAUAUCUCUCUCUGCCCCAUUGUUUUUCGGUCCUCUAGGACGGUUCUGGGGCAGCUUUGGUUACGAGCAAUGAAAGGAUCUCAACGUGUCACGUUCUGCUCUAUUCUACGAUGUCUUUGUUAAGUCCUACUUGGGCCACUGAGCCAAGCAGGUUCAUGUGGAGGAAAAAAAAGAGACGGAAGAAAAGACGAAGCAGGAAAAUCUCAUGGAGCGUGGUUCCUCUUGUGGUGAAAAGUGUACAUACGAUGGCUGAUACACAACGAAGCCGAGAGCCGGACUUCGGGU